AGCCUCAACGCCUCUCCUUGUCUCUCUCGCCGCCGGCCACCGAGAACCCUGCUCUCCGUCGUCGCAAUGGCCGCCACCAACGGCGCCGGUGCUGACCCCGUGCACGAGCCACCCCACAAGAUCACCAAGAUGGCCCCCCUGCUCAAGGUCAAGAAGCUCUCCGACAAGGCCAUCCUGCCGUCCCGCGGCUCCGCCCUCGCCGCCGGCUACGACCUCUCCAGCGCGGUUGAGACGGUCGUGCCGGCGAGGGGCAAGGCGCUGGUGGCCACCGACCUGAGCAUCGCCAUCCCGGAGGGCACCUACGCGCGCAUCGCGCCGAGGUCGGGCCUGGCGCUGAAGCACUCCAUCGACGUGGGCGCCGGGGUGAUCGACGCUGACUACCGCGGCCCCGUGGGUGUCGUGCUCUUCAACCACUCGGAGGUGGACUUUGCCGUGAAGCCCGGUGACCGCGUCGCGCAGAUGAUCAUCCAGGUGAUUACGACGCCAGAGAUCGCCGAGGUGGAGGACCUCGACGCCACCGUCCGUGGGGAGGGAGGGUUUGGGUCCACCGGCGUUUGAGCUUCGAGCCCUGGUAGAUAGAUCUAGAGAAGUGGUCUGUGUUAAGGUUUAGGUUGGUGGUGGAACCCUAGGGAAGGUACCCAUCUUUUGAUGGUUGUGUCAUUUGUGUGUGGCCGAUGUUAAAUGAAAUCUCGUGAUCUCUUCCAGCCAGAUUAGAGAAGUUCAUGUUGCAUA